UCAGAUCAACAGAGAACAGCUUCAUCAAAUGUUUGGUUCUCUGUCAGCAUUAUCUAUAACAACAGAAGAACAUGGCUACAUACUGAAGACACCAGAAGCUGUAUCCUGUCCUCCAGUCAGACCACUGCUUAAUGAACCAGAGCUCAUCAACACCAUAUCCACUGCGUAUAGACUAUACAGUAUUUUUUGUCUAAGUGAUGAAGAAAUCUGGAUAUGUGGAGAUGAUAAAAUCAUGAAACUCUACAGUCUCCAGGGAAACCGACUGAAAUCAUUCCAAACCAAGUCUGGGAACAUACCACUUGACAUAGCAGUGACAAGGAGUGGAGAUCUAGUUUAUACUGACCCUGGUAUGAGAACUGUAAACAUAGUGAAGAAUAAACAGAUACAGGAAGUGAUCAGAUUACAGGGGUGGACACCUCGUUAUGUCUGUAGUAUCUCUUCUGGUGACCUCCUGGUUACCAUGGUCAAUGAUGUUGAAGAACAAUCAAAAGUUGUUCGUUACUCUGGCUCCACAGAGAAACAAGCCAUUCAGUUUGAUAGUGAAGGUAAACCUCUGUACUCAUCCGGUAACUUUAACACGAUUGAAUACAUCAGUGAGAACAAGAACUUGGAUAUCUGUGUAGCUGACAAUGGAGCCGGUGUAGUAGUUGUGGUUAAUCAGGCAGGAAAACUCCGAUUCAGAUACGCAGGCCAUUCUUCUACUACAAAGAGAUAUUCGUUUGAACCAGUCGGCAUCACAACAGACAGUCAAUUUCACAUCCUGACAUCAGACUAUUACAACCACUGUAUACACACUUUAGAUCAGGACGGACACUUCCUCUGUUACAUCGAUAACUGUCAUUGA